GUAGUGCGCUCAUGGAAAGGUGUUGCAACCACCUUUGAAAACAUUCCACCAAGCAGAGGAACAGCUGAGGGGACAGGUGAGUUGAUAACAGAUUACUGAUCUAAAUACAUAUGAAAGACUUGCAACAUUAAUUAUAAGCUGUGUCAGCCUCUGAUGAAUCUUAAAGUAUGAGCAAAAAUUUCUAAUAUAUUUUAUAAUGUAAGAAAGGUAUUAUGGCAUUUUGUUUGUUUUAAGUAGAUUCUUCUAGAGCCUUUGAGGACAGAGUUUUAAAAAUUAUGAAUAAUCUGGUCCCAUAUUUUUAUGCUUAUCCUGGCUACACACUGAACAAAGAGACUUUUAUUGGCUGUAUAAGUCAGUAAAAGUUUGUCUAAAAGCCAAAUGUGAGUUGUGAUGUAAUUUGAUUAAACAGGUGCCUCCCACAUCUUAUUAUUGCUUUAAUUGCUCCAGGUAUGACGGAAAAUAAACACUAUAAAUGACUAAAGAGAUAGGGACAGGAAGAGAGACAGAGUUAUAACCUCUAACAUAUUAUUUUUUAUUGUUAUUAUUAGUAAAUAUAUAUCUGGAAGCUGUAAAAACUCUGUCAUUGUGUUAUCCUGAGCCUGACUGGCCAGAUCUGGUCCUCGGUGGGAACUGGAUGCUGCUGUCUUUUUAGCCGGAUGAAACCUGUUCAUUCCAACUGUGCACCUCCUGUUCACAGACGCACACCUGAGCUGCAAGGAAGUCAACUGCUGACUGACUGUGUGAUAGAAAAAAUAGGCUCCUUCACUAUCCACUGAAACCCAUGACUCUCCCUUUCACUUGUGAGAAUUCAUCCUAUUUAUCACCUAAAUCCCACCAUAAUGUCAGGCAGCCUGCUUUAUGUGAUCUUGUUUCCUAUGUUUCUGUCAGUGGAGUCGAAAAGUGCUUGAGUAUGUCAAACAUGAGAGUUUAACCUUUUAAUGCCUGAAACCACAAAUUAUGGCCAGAAAAUUCAAAAUUUUUUGGAGCUGAAAUGUUUAUUUCACUCACUACUGAAAACCAAAAAAAAAAAAAUCAAAAUGUCCUUAAAAUUUAACAAAUAAAUUUAUUUAUCUCGUUUGAAACAUUAGAUGUUUUUGGAAACUGAUAAACUACAGGAGGACAUUUUUUUAUAUCAUUUAUCGGACUGUAUUCAGGUGUUUUUUUAGUAAUUUGUUGACCAUAUUGAUUUGAUAGAAGUAUAUAAAAGUAUGUAUAAUAUAUGAUACAAAGGGGUUAAAAGAUGAAGUCAAUUCAUUUUUUCUUUUUUUUUUAAACUUCAUUUUUAUGAAUCCGUUCAGUUUUUCAAAAUACAUGUAAAGAGUGAAAUAAAUUAAGAGAACUGGAAAAGAACAGGAAAGGAAAGGCACAGAUGAAAAAAAUAUACAUACAAAUAUAUAUAUUGUUACACAGGGAGAGAAGAAUCAUAGUACUGACUGAGCAAUAGACGGCUAUUAGGCGUCUAGUUUUUUUAUUUUUAGACCUAAUUUCAACAGUCUAGAUUCUGUAUAUUUUCAGACAGAAUUUAGACGUUACACUUUAACCCAUUCUUCCAUAACUAUUUAUUUCAAAAAGCAACUGUGAGUCACAUAACUGAUAUCCAAGUACUUAACCAUAAUAAUUAUGAUAGUCAAUGGGCAAUAUACAGUGUAGUAUAGAUAUAGCCCAGAUUUAGACUUGGUCUAAACUUUCAUUUUUAGACCUGUGGUGGCCUGUUUUUAGACCAGUAGUCUAGGCAACAUUUAGACGUCUAUUAGACCUCUUUUAGACCAGAAAAAUGCUCAGUAACAAUGCGUAAAUUUCAGGAGGAAGGUCCAGGGUGUAGAGAAAUUUCAGUCAUUUUUGUUCUAUUUUACUUCAUAGUCUGUCCUUCAUGACCAAACAGGACAGAAACAUCCUCGCCCUAGUGGAAGUCAAUUCAUUUUAAUAGCCUAACCUCCUGUGACCAAAUAAGGACAUAUUAUUUUAUGCUUUUAUGAUAGUGUUUGACGUUAGAUGUGCUGCAGUAAAGCACGUGGCGCUGCUCUGAGCACGCGAGAGAAGAAGAAGCUGACUCUUGAGGGACGCCCUGCCCGCGCGUUCAUGAAAGCCGCGGGAUUGCGCGUCUGAAUACCGGCUUGAGCCGGUAAAGAGCUGCCAAAACAGGCAGGAAAUAAGUCACUGAGGACAAAAGAUGCGGCUGGUUGUGAUGGAGCGAAAAUAUUAUUAGAGAAAAGCUAUUUUUUACGGAAUAUUUAACGGUUUUUUUUAGCGAAACAGCGAGUGACUUAGAGAUUGUAAUAGAAGAAAAAUCCGUUGUAUAUAUUUUCACUCCCAUCUUGGUAUAAAACCCAGACGUAUUAACUUCCUUUUUGUAAAAAUGAAAUAACGACCUGGUUGCUGCACCAAAGGCUGCUGUUUCCACCUCUCUGCUCAACUCUGCCGGUAAGUAGGAUGUGAACUUGGAUGCUGUGUGGGCUCAGGUCACCGGUAGGCACAGAUGUGGCAGUCUGAGGGAUCCGCUUUACUAGAAACGACAACUAGUGUCAGGUUCUGGUGGUCAAGAUUAAGAAAAAAAAUAGCAUUUAAUUAGGAAAACAUGCAGUCAGGUUGUCAAAAAAUGUCAGCGUACAUUUGCUUGUCUGUAAACCCACUUGCUUGUCUGUUGGUGGGUUAGAAACCCGAGGGAUGCGCAUAUUGACAUCAUUGCUCCUCCUAGUCUGCACUGCGGGAAGAAUAGCCCGACUUCCUAUUAACUAAAAGGUCUGGACUAGACAGGACCAUUAAGACUAAUGAUUUAAUCAGAAAGAAGAUUAAAACAUUUUAAUAUCAGUGUGGAUGGAUCAUUAAAUGAUUUAUUAUAACCUUACUCUUCAGCUCUAUUGCUUGUGUGAGAUUUUUAAUAAAUGAAGAAAUGCUACCAAGUCACUGACAGGAUCAGAAGAUCAAUCAAUCAAUCAAACUUUACUUUUAAAGCACUUUUCAUACAUGGAAUAUAGCACAAAGUGCUGUCCAUUCACGCAGGAUAUUAAAAACAAUGAAGUAAAAUAAAUAUAACUACAAUUACCAGACCCCACCCACCCUCUCAACCCCCAUGCAACACACACAGCACUCACACACACACAGAUGCACACUCAAAAGACCAGGUGAGGACUCUUCAACUUGCCACAGAUGACCGAGGAAAUGCUAUCUUGAGUUAAAAAAAAGAUGAGGAAACUCUGGAUCUAGGACUAAAACGAUAAAACCAUGAUAAAAUAUAAUAAAGAUAAUAAAGAUGAUAAAGCAUUAAAAGAUAAUUAGAUAACAGUCUUAAAAUCAAGCAAUAAAAAAAAUUAAUUUUAAAAAGGUAAUAAAACACAAAAUAGUUACUCUAGGACUAAAAUAGUGUAAAAUCGCAUAAUGCAGAAUAAAAGAUUUUUAAAAAAUCAACUAAAAGCCAGACUAAAAAGGUUGAUCUUUAGUUUCCUUUAAAAAUAUGAGCAUUAGGUGUCGCUCUCAGGUCUGCAGGUAGGCUGUUCCACAGAUGGGGACCAUAAUGUUGGAACGAUGAUUCACCGUAUGUUUUAGUUUUUACUUUGGGAACAAUUAAAAGACCACCACCUGAAGACCUGAGGGCUCUACCAGGCUCAUACGGUAAUGCCUCUGCAGUGCACUCUUUCCUUUUAGUGCUGAAGUGACAGUGCCACAGCAAACAUGAAUAACCUUUAACUGACAGCCUAGUUAUUAUCUUCCAGAUGUACUGUUUGUCACAUCACCCAAAUGUAAACACUGUGAUUAUUUCCUGUGAUCCAAACUUAACCACCUUUGUCAAAUCCACGCUUCCCGGUAAACAGAAAUUGCAUCAUAACUUAAAAAGGGACAUUUAAAUGUAUUGUUUGUUAUGACAUAAAUGCUACAUGAGAAAGGAGCCCCGUCUGGGUCUGAGGUGAAGGAGUUUAGCUCUCUGUUAGACAAAAAGGUGUGUGUGUGUGCAUGUGCAUGUGCCCGUGAAGUUUACACACCUGCCUCGCAUAGCUUUGUAUGUUUAUGUGUGAGUCCUCAGCUUACAGUAUUGUUUCUUUAUGUCCCAGCUGGUGGUUUUCUCUAAACUCAUGAUUGGAGAUUUCCACGGUGAAGGUUUUUAUGGGACAGAGUUCAGACAUUUGAAGCAAAACAAUGUUUUUCUAUCGACUGCGGAGACCUUUUGAUGGAUUGACAAACUGUUUUUUUGUUGUACCAUAACAGACUCUCUGGUACAGAGCUGGCCCGUUACACUCUAAAAACUCUUGGGGUAUUUCUUCAACCCAAUUCCUGGGUUUUACGCGUUGAGUUAAAUUUCUGGGUUAUUUUUCAGAUCCAUACCCAUUUCUUGGGUCAUGUGGAUUCUAUUGUAACCCAAUUUGAGGGUUAUUUGAAUGGGUUAAUAAUUAUGGGUAAUUUUUCUGAGAGUAACCCAAUAAUUGGGUCAGAACGUUGGGUUCGAUUGACUCUACGUGGUUUCUAGGUCUAAUGGCAAAUAAAGUGACCUGGUGACCUUGUGAACUUUGAUAUAUAUAUAUAUAUAUAUAUAUAUAUAUAUAUAUAUAUAUAUAUAUAUAUAUAUAUAGGGGUAGCUAUACGCCAGUAUGUAUUGGGCGGGAAUCCCACAUGAGACACAUCUGUAAGGUGCGAACUACAUUCGCCAGUGUGUGUCCUUAGCAAGGCCCUUAGUGCUAUGGCCUACAAUCAGAUAAAAGUACAUGGGAACAUAAGGUACAGGUUGUGUCUUUAGAGUGUACAGUCAAAUGUAAGAGAGUCAUAGUUUGCAUUGUCUAGUUCGGUCAAAAAAUACAACUGCAUCCACUUCAAGAGCAUCUUAUUGUCUUUUGUCUUUUGUACCAGACUUGUUGAAUUCUUAAGACCACUCCUCUCUAGGUUUGCUUUGCUCAACUUAAAGCUGGACUGUUAUGAUUGCACUGAUGUCAACUAUGUUUGUCCUUCCAGGCAGCCUGACAUAGCCAUGAGGGUCCCCAAUGCCAAGGGUUGUUUGGGUCCAAAUGUUUACCCAGCGGUUCCUGAUGGUGGCUGGGGCUGGGCUGUGGCUGUUGCGUUCUUCGUGGUGGAAGUUUGCACCUAUGGGACCCUCAAGAGCCUUGGGGUCUUCCUUCAAGACCUGAUGGAAGAGUUUGGGGAGAGCAACAGCCGAGUGUCAUGGGUCAUCUCCAUCUGUGUCUUCAUCUUUACCUUCACCGGUUAGACAGUAUUUCAUAUCUCAUUGUAUAAUUUUUUGAUGCCAACUUGCACAUCUCAGGGCACUAUGAAACGGAUCAGUGCCAGAUUUGAAAUGAUUUUGAUAUUUUUUUGCCUUCAUCAGCCCCUUUGUCCACCGUUCUGAGCAAUCGCUUCGGCCAUCGUCCAGUGGUGAUGGUGGGAGGCUUCCUCAUCUCCCUGGGAACCAUCACCUCAGCCUUCAGCAAAUCCAUCAAAGAGAUGUACAUCACCAUCGGCAUUAUCUCAGGUAAUGUUCAAUCUCGCAAUUUUCGCAUCUACCAUCUACCCACAUAUCUAUGUUUCACUCUUUCAUGUCUGUUUAUUUUAACAGCCUGAUUUGUAAGAACUGAAGGGACCCCUAGCAGUGUCAAUGACAAAAACUGAUUCUUUCAGAGGUGGAUAGCCUCUUCUAAACAUUUCACAGUAACCAAAAGUGGCUAAACCACCCAAAAAAAAUCCUUUUAAGUUUUCUUACAGCUCAGGAUUGACGAAACAGGAAGUGGCUGAGGAGGACGAAAUGAGUUAAAGGAAAAAUUAAGUAGAAGAUUGGAUGAUAAACAAAUUGGUCAAAUGAGUUUUGUACCACAAGGAAUUAACGAUUUCUUUUUGGACAGAAAGCACUGCUAGCUCUCCCACCAUAUCUGCAGCUGAAAUGGAUGACAGCUAAUUUGACACCCCCUUCUUCUUUUUCUUCUUCUCUCCCCUGUCUCUCUCUUUCUUUUUGUCUUUAAAUGCCUUUUUUCUUGCAGCAGCAGGUGUAGCAAAGUUGAAUCCGCACACGCAGCCUGCAAAAGGAGUGACCUGACACCUUGAUCUUUGACCCACAACCCUAGCCAUGCAGUGUCACUGCUAUGCGGGCCAGUGGCUGUCAUGUCCCCUGUUCUCUUGUUCUCUUUAUAGGCCUCGGCUACUGCCUGACCUUCCUGCCCACCGUCACCAUUCUAGCCCAGUACUUCUCCAGGAGGCGCGCCCUUGUCACCUCCGUUGCUUCAUCCGGGGAAUCCUUUGCAAUAUUUGCGUUUGCUCCAGGUGAGCGUUCGGAUUAGGUCGAAUACAGCCUAGUUCACAGAUGAACAUCCCUACCUGUAAAAACAAUCAGCUCUCUCUCAGAAUUAGCCAAAUAAAGUGGCUAGGUCCACAGAAAUAUGACAUUCUUUUGCUGUUACCUCGGAAGUCAGAUGUCGGAAAAUGACAUCACACACGAGUUCUCAGCGUUUUGGUUACCAAGUCGGAAAAACACAAAAUCGGAGGCCUAAAACAAGAUGGCUACAUCUACGAAAGUUAUGUAAGCACUUGCCUUAUAUUCGGACAAGGCAAGCGCCAAAAUAACUCUGUAAAUGUAGCCAUCGUGUUUCUGCCUCCGAUUUAACUUUUUUCCGAUUUGGUAAACAAAUUGAACGCAGCCUAGAAUACUGGACAAUCAACACCAUCAAAAACCAGUCAUUCAAAAUUCAUGUCAGUUGCAGUUAGUACUAGUACACUUAACAAUCUGAUCCUGGUAUCUAUGUAAGUAGUUCUGGUGUCUAGAGAACCUUGUACGUGGAUCAUGACCACUCUCAUACGAAGACCUUUCUCCACCCUGUCCCCACAGCCUUCACUGCACUGAAGGAGCACAUUGGCUGGCGCUAUUGUCUGGUCAUCCUUGGCGUUAUCCAGGCUUCUGUGAUUGGCUGUGGAGUUUUUCUACGUCCAAUAAUCAUUGUACCCGAACCUGUAAAAGAGGACAAAGAAUCUGAAGAAGAGUCCCUCUGUUUGAAGCAACUUCAGAGUGCCUAUGAGCUAGAGAAUGAACAAACCAGAACCUCCAUCAGUUCAGGGGGCUCCAGGAGGUCCGAGGACUCUGGUGUCACAUCUCUCUCUGGGUCAAAUGUAGAUCUGAGGACUGCAGGGGCAGAUAGUAAGGCACUGAAGGAGUGGGCAGCACAGGACAAAGUGGACCAGGAGCCGACCCCAAUCAAGGAGAAGAAUGACAAAGAACUUGUGGAGGCAGAGGCAGGUCCUCUUCAGCCCUCCAGCCCUAAGCUCCUGGACUUCUCAGUGCUUAAAGACUGUGCCUUCAUCUGGUACUCCCUCUUUGGUUUGUUUGCCACACUGGGCUUCUUUGCCCCGCAGCUCUACGUUAUUGAGCUCAGCAAGAGCAAAGGAGUAGACCCUGGCAUGGCCUCUUACAUGCUCUCAGUGAUGGCUGUGGCCGAGAUCUUCGGCCGCUUGUCCAUCGGGGUGGUCUUAAACAAAGUCCGCUGCAAGAAGACUCUAGUGCUGCUAGGAUGUGUGGUUCUGCUGUGCCUGGUGCUGGUGGCCUUCACUCAAGUAUGGGAGUUCUGGGGGCUUGUGGUCUGCUGUGCCCUCUAUGGCUUCUUCAUGGGCACAGUUGCCUCCACUCACAUCCCGAUGCUGGCAGAGGAGGACGUGGUGGGCAUCCAGAAAAUGACAUCAGCUGUGGGGGUGUAUGUCUUCAUCCAGAGCUUUGCUGGGCUGGCUGGGCCACCACUAGGAGGUACAAGACCUUUGCUGCCUUUACUGGGUCUCACUGAUCUGUUUUCUGUUCGAUUCUAACACCUCUUUUGUUUUUCCCCUGUAGGUGUGUUGGUAGAUGUCACACAGGACUACGGUGCUGCCUUCUACUCCUGUGCAGUGGGCAUGGGCCUCAGUGCCAUCUGUCUGGCUCUGGUUGGACCGGCCAAGUCUAGAUUCUGCCAAAACAGGAAUAAGAAGACAGGAGGAAGCGAAGCCGAAGAGGAGAGAAUAACUCAGGACAGUGACCAGCAAGACUUUUUAGAGGUGGACUUCACUCCAGAGGACAGUCCGGUCAAACAAGCUGUGGAUCAGGACAAGUCCUCUGUGAUCUAACCCCCACAGCAUGACAUCACCUCUUAACUAACCACCAACUUGCACUGGAAGAGGCUGCAGCGUCACUAGGACGAAACCACAACAGCUGCUACUUGGCUCCAAAUCUCAGGUGUCACUCUUAACAUUCUGACAAACUUGAAGCUCAGUCCUUCGCAGGAUGGAGGCAGUCCCUUCUUCAGACUCCAAAGACACAUCCAUGCCGAGCACAUGGUGUCACUCCUUCAUAACAACAACACACUUCCUGUUUGAGCUGCCGAGGGAAAACCAAAACGAACGGAAGACAAUCUCCCUUUAUGCACUUUUCAUCGAGAAUGACGUCACCACUGCUAAAGCUUCACUUGAAUCGUAGUCAUGUCAUGUGUACGCAGAUGUCGUCUAUUUGCUGGUCUUACGCACAUAUUUGGUCGUGGUGAGUAAAGCAAUACUGCAUCACAGUUCAUCGAUGUAACAGAGUGAAUUACAGACUUCCAGCUGACUCUGGAGGUUCAUGUUCUCCCUUUGCAUGAGCCUCAGAAACUUGACAUCUUUCCUUUUGUACGCCUGUGACUCACCUAUGACCAUGUAAAGCAAUCAUGAUAUAAAAAUGUGGUUUACACUGAACACCUUUCAGAUCCCAUGUUGGCAUUUUAGCCCUCCCUGUAUUAUGUUUUUUUACAUUUCUGGGCCUUUAUCCUGAUUCGAACCUCACUCUGGUGGUGACUUUUACUCACUUUUUUUGUCCGUUUUACUUGAAAUACAAUCAUGAUUUACAAAUUGAACAUCAUGCUGUGUGGACUUGGACACGGACCUCGUAAGCUGAGUAAAUAACGCUGUUAACCUGCAAGACGUCGCUUAAAGCUGCCCCCUGUUGGCCACGAUAGAGAAUGUCUAUUUCAGGACUUCCUGAACUGGCUGCUCGUUUUGAAAUGUAUACUUCUAAUGCUCAUUCCCUGACUAUGUGAGUAUUAAAGUGUCACCAUGUGGUUAUUAUGUACAGUUAAAUUCACACAAUAGUGUAAAAGUCACACAAUCCGCAUGAAGCACCCUCCCACAUCAUCACUCCUGCUGCUUGAAGAAGAGACAAUAUUCCUCCACCUACGACGACAUGACUUGAAGUUUAGUUCCUCGAUCACUGUAUGACCUUUAUUUAACUUUUCCAUAUUGAUAAUUUAACAUUAAUUUUAUAAUAUAUAACUUUUUCAGAUUUUUUUUAUCUAAUUGAAUGACUGGCGGGUCCUGCCUGUUCUGCUUUGUUCUACUUUCAUUUUGUAUUUCCUAAAUAAACACCUUGAACCUCGGUUUUCCUUGUGUGUGGACUACAGCUUCUUUCAAACUACUUGAUCAAAGGUUGCAAUUAAGUUUGAAGAUAAAAUUUGGGGACUUGAGAAUGAAAGGGAAAAAUCAUUCCUGAUGACUUGAUGCUGUUGUCAAGUCAAACAGCGCUCUCUGCUGGCUGAGCAGGGGUAGUAUGUGACCCAUGGCUCCCUAUCCACACUUCUACACACACAGAUGGAAAAAAAAACAUAAUUUUAAGAUGAAAAAGACAAAUAUUUUGUUUUUUUUUAAUACUGUAUUUUCUCGGAGAUUAGAAGACAAAAGCAUAAGUUACUGUACAUUGAAAGCUCAUGUGACUACAAAUGAGAAAACCAGGAGGAGAAAUGCCCCGUCGUAUUUUACACACGGACAUCAGAAUCUGUAGGCGGCAUCAUUUCCAAAAACCUACAACACAGUAUAAACCUUUGUUAGCAUGUCUGCACAAUAGAGACAGAACGGGGAGAAAGGAGGCACUAAACAUGGACACAUUUGGCAGAUCAUUUGAGGUUCUCAUUUUUGCUCAUUUGAUUGAAAACAAAUCGAUUUAAGAGAAUCAUCGGUCAGUUCAAACAAGAUUAUUUCCAACAUAAUAUUAGACACAGAAAUGGCUGUGGGACACUUUUGUUGCAUAGUUCGAACCGUUUAAGGUGAUACUGGUUUCCUUGGAUAAGUAUUUACAGUGGAGCACAUUAUUACACGUUUUCACUGAUCGGUUAAGAUCCACAGUACGGACACAAGAGCACAUAGCAGAGACACGAGAGUACAAGUUUAAGGCAAAAACAGGAAUGUUGUCCAUCAUCGAACACGGCCAGUUCCUCUUUACACUCAAAUCACAGAAACGGACGACAGUCACAUGGGACAUGUCGCUAGAACUUUUUCCCAUGCCCCCACGGGAUCUGGUGACAUGUCCGUGUGGGAGCUGAAAGGCAGAUUGUGACUAUGUGUCUACAUUGACUCAUACACAGAACAGUCAGUAUAAGAUGUUAAAAAGCCCAGAGAUUGGGAACAAUGACAAAGUUGACACAGAGGUGAGAGACAAGCAUGAGGAGGAAACUCAAAGUGUGGUUUCGAAUCGGAUCAUCUUGUCUCAGUCAGUUUUUGAGGUUUACAUUUUCCAACAAGUAAAAAAAAAAGGUGACAGAAAAGUAAAUCUGGCUUUAGGGCACAUCAGCUGAACAUCAGCUGUGAUUGGAGCAGGUUCACAUGGCUGCAGUUUCUCUUUUAAGGAGGGUCUUUGGAUUUUUUCAUUAACAGUUUCAGACUAAAGGAGAAAAAUAUGUGAGAGUACAGACAUUUGAUUUUAAAUACAUGAGGACUUUUAUGAAAAAAGAUCAUGAUUUUCCACAUUUUACAUUCUUGUCUAACCGUUGCAUCAUAAAAACCACUAAUAGGAAGUGCUCUGGGAAAAUGUGGGUCCUUUAAGUCGGCUGUGUGAUGACUUUUAAGAUUCAUGGAUUUACAGACAUUUUAUUUUUGAUUGAGGUCAAAACCACCACAUUUAACUAAAUUGCACUAAUGUCAUGGUUUUAGCGAGAAAACUGUUGUCAUGUCUCAUCCAUUAGUUUCUCAUGAAUUCUUUGCAUGUAAACUAACCAUGUUUGGUUUCUUCCUCAGCCUAUCGACCUCCUGCUGUCAAACUUUUCUGCUGCUGAUUGGUUGAGACCGUUCACACACUGUAAAGAAAGCCUACACCUCUUCACAUCUGUCAGCUCUUAGCCUCACACCCCCCCUCUUUGUCUAAACUCUGGUUUGUUUACUCAGGAUCCAGAGCUAUGACAAACACAAACGGGUGGGUAUGAGUCCUUCAGGUUUUAGUUUUACAUGUCGCUAUUUAACAAAAUUAUUAUUUAACAUACCAACAGUAAAAUAAAUCAGCCUUUAUUUCUGGAAUGAAGUGAAAAUUAUGAAGAUUCGAGGUCAAAUACUGGACAAAGCUCAGUCCUGAGAUGGAAAAUUGCUUCUUGCUUUUAAACUUGAAAUAUUUGAGAUCAUCUUUAUUAUCCCGUGUCACAACACACCGUCUGUAUUCUUAGUAUCAGAAGAAGUUUGUUCAGUGUUGACAAAGAGCAUCUCAAGGUCCAGGUUCUGCAAUGACUUCAUGGCGUGUCUGUGUGUCGAGCUACAGGCUGAAGUGAUGACAUGACACAACAGUCAGACAACCGGACAAAGAGGCCUCUGCUCGGCUUCGCAUGAGACACAGCGCGUUUGUCCCCCUCUCUCGUGCUCACUCGCACAGAGGACGCUUCAUCCAGAUGCAGACAGGCUGAUGAUGGUUUCGAGAAAUUAACAGCGAGUUUGCUCGACAGUCCUGUUUGUCAACUUCCUCUUUUCUGGUUAAGGAAACAGAUCAGAAUCAGCCAUGUGACUUCACUGCUCCAUGCUAACAUUCAUUUUGAGUGAAAGCAGGCUCUUUGUUGGUCUGUAGGACACGCUGAACAACGCAGAUUGACUAAACACAAACAAACAAACAAAAAAAGGCUGUCCUGUCAGAGACGUCAUUUCUAGUCAUGUAAAACCUGAUGUUAAGGGCUGUUCAUCUAGUUUCACUCUGAUUCAUCCAGAGGAAAGAGGAAGACACGCGAUAUGACGUUUGCAACGUAGAGAAAGACGACUAAUAGUGUGUCACUCGCCUUUUUGUGGGCGACAAAAAGUCCAAAAAAUUCUGAUAUCAUAACCAGAAGAGAGACAGCAGACUGCCGGGCAGCCGAGUCUGCAUUAUUUAUUCAGGGGAGCCUCCCUCAGAGGAAAAACACGAGUGAACAAUUCACAUGUUCAAGUCUUUGUUCAUUACAGCGAUGUAAAAACAGUGAUCAGUGAACUUCCCCUCCUUAUGAUCGAUACUGAUGAUGGUACUUUAAAAUGGUUUUCUUCCAACCACAAUUCAGCUGUUCACAGUUUGGACGAUUUUUGUGACAUUUGUGAAAAUAUCUAAAAAAAUUUGGUCAUCAUUUCAAGGCCAUGAGGGUCACAGCUGCAUUCAGAGUGAACCUGAUUUUGGAUCCGUGAAAGGCAGAUGUUGGAGAUGACGUGUCAGAUGAUAACACUCCACUGGCUUUGCUUAACAAUCUCAUUCAGUCUUAGCUUUAGCUCUCACAUCCACAGCUAACAUCUGUCAAAAAUGAAACUAACUUCCUACAGUCGUUAAUACUUUGUGGUUGAAAUGAAGUCAGCAAAUACUUGUAAGUGAAUCUGAGUGGUUUAUCAUCCUUCUUCUACUUAAGCUGAGAUGUCGGCAUGGACCAGUGGCGCCUGUUAUCGUCUUCACACACACGCGAGGAGGGAUUUGGUUUUUGCGGUCUCCACAUAUCUCGAGAUAGUUGUGCCUUUCAGCACUUUUGGUUGGGCCACCAAACAGCUGCUUAAGAAAGAAAAACCAAAUCUAACACUCACGGUCACAAAUACAAAUGUGCGUGGAGGGUACAGCUGCUGUUAGAGAGGAAGGUAAGCUCGGUGUCAGAGAUGGAUACUGAUGCAUUUGACAUAAAACAGGGAGUUAGAGGACACUUUGUGUAAACUAUACAUAACUUCAACAUGACAGUAAGGGCAGCUUCAAAUGUAGAAGUGGCAUACAGGCUGGCUUUAUCCCUUUUUUAAACAUGGACUGAGAGGCAGAUAGCUCUGAACGGUACCUUUUAGAAAAGGAGCAUAGUUAGAGUUCAUCACAUGAUUUGUCAUUGGGCUUCAUCUUCGUUCCAUUCAUAUGAAAAUAUUGGCAAUGCAGGAAAAAAGAUGUGCUUCAAAAGCACAUCGUGGACCCGUCACCGGGAAGGACACAUUCAUUUUAUACAAAAACUGGCAGUAGGAAUUCGUCUUGAAGGCCAAACAACAUUUUGGGAGACGGUUGGACUACAAGAGUCAUAAAGCACCAGGAUCGGCCCUGAGGGUUCGUCUCGGCUUCCUAGAAGCUCCACCUUCAGACAUACUGAGAUCCAAUCACGAUAAAAGCUUCAAUCAGUGUUUUCUGUGUUCACUUUUGAAACAGAGGCCGUAAAAAUUUGAGGAAUUUUGGUCGAGCUCAUACCUGCCUUCUCUUUUUCAAUCAUUAAAAAUGUACAAAAGCUUUAAACAGUUUCUGACUCAGAGUAGAUGUUUGGAUGUCGAGGCUUAUGCUGCGUUCGAGUUACCUCGGAAGUCAGAUGUCGGAGCUUAAAAUUACGCAACACUUGAGUUACCAGCAUUUCAGUUACCAAGUUGGAGAAAAGCAAAAUCAGAGGCUACAUCUACAAAAGUUAUUUUAGCUCUUACCUUAUAUUUGGACAAGGCAAGUGCAAAAAUAACUUUCAUAGAUGUAGCCAUCUUGUCUGAUUUUGCUUUUUCCGACUUGGUAACCGAAACGCUGGGAACUGACGUCAUUUUCAGCUCGGACUUCUGACUUCCGAGGUAACUCGAACCCAGCAUUAGAUCAAAUCUCUUCAUCUUUUGUGUUUUGAAUUCGAUUCCUUGUCUAAAAAAAAUUUACAAUUCCCGUUAGUCCCUCUAUUUUUUUAACAUGUUUUAUCACCUUGGCCGUGGAUCAUCCUUCUCUGCCGGCGAACGCAGAGAAAGACGCGUUUAGGUCUGUCGCUCGGACCACGAGGAGGUCAGAGGCACGUGAGAUUCAGCUGGCAAAGUGGUUCACAAUGUGCCCUGAGAAAAAGUAAAAUAUUACUUCUAACCCGGCAGCUCUAGUUCGCCUUAAAACACGGUGUUUCGUUCUUUACAAGUGAUCUACAUGUACGUGUCCGUGCUCUCUAAACCCCUCAUGUCACAGAGUCCAUCAGCAGCCACAAAUCCACUACAGGUAAACCUCUAUAAAAUAUAAGUUAAAGAGAAAUGCGUCAUUUCUGCACAGUAUAUUCAUAUAUUAAAAAAAUGCAACUUAAUGAUUAGAAAAGAAUUAAGUGGACUCUGAGAACAGGAAUUCCUAUUUGUGUAGGUGUGUGCGAGUGUGUGUUUGUGUGUGCGCGCGCAAGUGUUAGCACUGUUCUUUCCUGUCUGGCUGCCUCAGGAGGAAAUCCCCACCCCAGCCCAGUGAUGUCGUCACCAAGUGUCAGUGGAAAGGCAGAAACUAGAGACAAAACAAGAGAAGUAAAAGAAAAAAAAAAAAAAAAAAGGCAACAUCUGGCUACAGCAACUGAUGUCGCCAGCAUGAGCGGGUGGCCUUGAAGGCUACACAGUAACGACACACAACAAUAAAACAAACCCUCCCCCUCUUCCUCCUCCUCCCCCCACAACAACAGCAAUCGGAGCAGCAAAGAAGACAGAACAGUGUGUGAGUUUAAGUCGGAGCGACACACACACACACACACAAGGAGGAAAUCCAAAGAAGGAUAUUCGGGGGGGAGGUCCGCUGCAGAGUGUGGACAGUGGGGUAGAGGGCGGGAGUUCAAAGUCAUUUACAGUGGUUUUCAAAGGAUGGUUCGGGCUCUGAGCCAAAGGCCGCUGUUAAAAGUCACGAUGAGCAAGCUCAGUAAGGCAGAGAGCAGACACGGAGGGGGGGGUUGGCUGUAGUAGUGGUGGGUUAAAUACACAGUCAAAGUUCAAAAAUGAGGAGUCGAUCAAAGUCAAGGAGGAAGGAGGGAUGGUUGGAGGGUGACAGCCGGCUCCCCC